UUCCGUUGUCAUGGACACCUUUAAACUUCCGGAAACAUGGCGAGACUUGUGAAACUUUACAGUCAAGUUGAUAACGUCAAAAAGCAAUAUUUUAUCAGAAACAGGAUCGCGGAGGAAAACAGACAGAAAGAGAAUGAGGCUGCAGUAAGAAUUCAGUGCUGGUUCCGGGGCUGCCAGGUGAGGGCAUACCUCAGUCACCUGCAUAAAAACGCAACAUUAAUACAAAAAAUAUGGCGUGGUUUCACUGCUCGGGUGCUCUUCAGAAAAAGGGUAAAGACAGCAUAUUUUAUCAUGAAGAUGAAUUUCUUCAAUAAGAUGGCUGUCAAGAUACAGCAGAGAUGGCGGGGCUAUUAUGUGAGGAAGUAUGUACACAAUUAUUAUGCACGCAAGAGAUAUUUGGAGGGAUUGACAAGGAAGAAUGAGCACAUCAGGAGAGACAUAGAGGAAUUUGUAGAGCUCCAGAGAAAAGAGAGAGAACGGAUCACUCUGGAAAAAGAGGAGCAAGGGAAAACCAUCCAGGCUCAAAGACUCCACUUCCUCCUGAGCACUAAACAGUGUCCAGGUGUUUUCAAUUCACCGUUCAGAGAAGAACCUGAUGAAAUGGAGCUGAGACUGAGAAAGGUAAAACCGCUUCUGGCACGAUCGGCUCCCAAAGAGAGGAAGACCCCUAAUAUAAUUCCUGAUCUGUCCAAUCUAAUGCCAAACAGAGAGCGUCUACCACCCAUUCGCAAAAAGCCACAGGGGCCCUUUCGCCCAGCUCUGGAAGUGCAGCAGCAGCGGCAGCGGCCCUUGGAGCCAAGCCUGCGCGUGGCCACAUCCAUCACUGCCCUGGAGGAGGCCAGAGAGGAGCUCAAAUGCCAGGAGUGGAGGACUCGCGUCAUCGACCAGACUUUUCUUCCAUCUUUAAAUACAAGCCAAAAUAAGCGGUACGAGGGCCUGAUGCACACCUCCACCCCCUUUGAGCAGGUGGCAUAUGGGACCAAGCACUUCCGAGAGGAGGACCUCCAGGGGAAAAAGCCCUUCAAGACCGUCUUCACCACCUGCCACGUCUUUGACAAGUUUGGACGACUGUACUCCAAAGCUGGUAAUAUUGUAUGAGAUAGCCGAGUGGAAAAUAGACAGAAUCAAUAAACACAUUAAAUGAAAUUUCC